AUGAAGUCGUCAUUCAAGUUCUCCAACUUGUGUGGCACCGUCUAUCAAGGUGGUAAUGUCGUCUUUUCUGCAGAUGGUGACUCCAUCUACUCGCCAGUUGGCAACCGCCUGUCCAUCUUCAACCUGGUCCGGAACACUUCGACAACACUGCCAUUCGAGACAAGAAAGCCCAUCGCCCGAAUCGCACUUUCGCCCGCCAACCAGGCCAUCGUGCUGGUAGCUGACGAGGAUGGGCGUGCGCUUCUCAUCAACACGCUCAGGAGGUCUUUAUUGGCCCAGAUGAACUUCAAGCAGCCACUCCGCGAUGCACAAUUCUCCAACGACGGCAAGUUUCUUGCGGUCACCUACGCCAACCAGAUCAAGGUCUGGAGGACCCCUUCGCAUCUUGCCCGAGAAUUUGUACCAUUCAUCCUCCACCGCACCUACACUGGACACUUUGACGAUGUGCUCAGCAUUCGUUGGACCAAGAACAGCAGAUUCUUUAUUACAACAUCCAAAGACAUGACAGCCCGUCUGUACUCGCUCGAUCAGGUCGAGGGUUUCCGACCAAAGACGUUCACUGGCCACCGAGACGCCGUGAUUGGUGCUUAUUUCUCCAAGGAUGAAAAGACAAUCUACACUGUGUCUCGCGACGGUGCCUGCUUCGCCUGGCAGGGCAAGCACAACGAUGAUGACUCGCAAGAUACCGACAUGCACGAAGAUGAUGAGGACAUCUGGCAGCCCACCGAGGGAGCAAAGGGCGGCAGUUCGUCUAGACAGGCCGACAACGCUGUUGGCCUCACCCGCUGGGGCGUUGCGAGCAAGCAUUACUUUUUGCAGACUGGCGCCAAGACUGUUUGUGCGAGCUUCCACCAGCAAGGAUCGCUCCUGGUCGUCGGUUUCUCCAAUGGUAUCUUUGGCCUUUGGGAAAUGCCCGACUUCAACCCUAUCCACACUCUCAGUAUUAGCCAAGAAAAGAUCACGAGUGUGGCGAUCAACGAUAGCGGCGAGUGGCUCGCCUUUGGCGCUCACCGUCUGGGCCAACUGCUCGUGUGGGAAUGGGCGAGCGAGUCGUACAUUCUUAAACAGCAAGGCCACUACUACGAUAUGAAUACGGUUGGCUUUGCAUCUGAUGGCGCAGUAGCAGCCACCGGCGGCGAUGACGGCAAGAUCAAGCUGUGGAACACUGCCAGCGGCUUCUGCACUGCCACAUUUUCCGAGCAUUCGGCCUCAGUGUCGUGCAUCGAAUUUGCCAAACAGGGCCAAGUUCUCUUCAGUGCCAGCUUGGAUGGCACAGUGAGGGCCUACGAUCUGGUUCGAUAUCGCAACUUCCGCACUUUGACGAGUCCAGAGCCGGUGCAGUUUGUCAGUCUUGCGGUUGACCCUUCUGGUGAGGUGGUCUGCGCGGGAAGUGCCGACACCUUCGAGAUCUACAUGUGGAGUGUGCAGACCGGCAAGCUUCUCGACAUUCUUUCAGGACAUGAAGGACCUGUCUCUGGUCUUUGCUUCAGCCCUGACGGAAGCGGUGUGCUUGCUAGUGUCAGCUGGGACAAGACCGUGCGCACGUGGGAAGUGUUCAGGACGACACAGAGUGUCGAAACGUUGACGCUCAACGCUGACGGACUUGCUGUUGCCUUUCGACCAGACGGACGAGAGAUUUGCGCUUCGACUUUGGAUGGGUACCUUGCUUUCUUUGAUCCGCUCGAAGGCAAGCAGACGGGCGUGGUCGAGUGCCGUCGCGAUAUUGCUGGUGGACGCAAGGUCAACGACAAGAUUGCGCGCCGCAACACGGCGAGCGGAGCAUGCUUUACUACUGUCUGCUACAGUGCCGACGGCGCCUGCAUCCUCGCGGGAGGUAAUGCCAACUACGUGUGCCUCUAUGACGUUAAAGAGCGCGUACUGCUCAAGCGAUGGGAACUCACCAAGAAUUUGUCGCUCGACGGUACGCAAGACAAGCUCGACAGUCGUCGCGUCACUGAAGCUGGUGCUAUCGAUCUGGUGGAUGAUCGCGAAGACGAGGCGGAUCUGCUUCCUACCGAACGAAUCGACGAGUCCUUGCCGGGAGCACAGCGCGGCGAUGCGACCAAAAGGACGACACGUGCCAUCUCACGAGCCAAGUGUGUACGUUUUGCGCCCACAGGUCGAUCGUGGGCGGCUGCUUCCACUUCGGGUCUGCUCAUCUACAGUCUGGAUGAGCAGGCUGCUUUUGACCCGCUAGAUCUCGACAUGGAUCUCACGCCACAAGCGGUGCGCGAAGCAUCUGCGCGUGGUGAGCAUCUGCUGGCGGUUGUCGGAGCGUGCCGACUUGGCGAGAAGCCGCUGAUGGCCGAAGUGUACGAGCGCACUUCAGCGGCAGACAUUCUGCUAGUAUCGCAGCAGCUUCCUCUACUCCACCUACCGACGGUGCUGCGCCUGAUCGCUGAGCGUCUUCAGCCUAGCAGUGGCAGCCCGCAUGUCGAAUUUCACUUGCGUUGGAUUGCAGCCAUCUUUUCGGUACGUGGUGCCGAGAUCCAAUCGAAAGCAUCGACGGACUACGCACCUGUGCUGCGAGCUGUCCAGGUGGCAUUGAACGAGCUUCGUGCCAAUGUCAAGCGCAUCAGCGACGAGAACCUAUAUUCUCUGCUGUACGUCUGGAAUGGCGUCACCAAGGCAGAGCAGAGCAGCAGAGGGCAACCAACUCAAGCAGUUGCUAGCCUCGGUGAACUGAUGGAAGUGGACGCGCUUUGA